AUGUUAUGCAAUUUGGCUCACCGGAUUGGCAUGUUUGCCGAGAGGAAUAUCAAGAUUGGCGAGGAAUUGUUCUUCAACUAUGGUGAUAGCUAUCACGACAAGCUGUACGGCGAGGAAGAACAAGCUCAGAAGGAAAAGAGCAAGGGAAAAGGCAAAGCUGCGGUGACACACAUUCGACCCUCGAGAAAAAGCUACCAAGCACAGCCAGAAGUUGUUGUGGCUUUACCACGCAAAGAGCCCAAGGACAUCUGGCAAGUCGAGUCAGAUGAAGACAGCGAGGAAAGCGAAGACGAACGUCCGACCAAGCGCAGAAGAGUGAGACAAGGAAGAAUCUCAUCGCCCAGGAGACCGAAACCUUCGCCACCCAAGAGACAGACAACAGAGUCAAGCGCGAAAUCCUCUGCCAGAAAGACUGAGGAUCGAUCGCGUGUGCGUAGAAGUGAAACAGCUUCUACAGUUGGAAGCAAGGUACCAAGCUUGAAGGCCGCCAUCAAAUCCGCCCCUCGAACAAGACCAUUAAGCCAGAGACCCCGGGUCGUGGUAGAUGAAUCGGAAGAUGAUUCGGAAGAGGACUCGGAGGAAGAUUCGGACGACGAAGAAUUGGAGGUACCGAGACGUAGCAGUCGGCCACGCAUGGUAUCCAGGAAGCUCAGAGACGAGUAA